UAUCAGCAGCACCACCACCUGCGGUAAUCUCCAGAGCAUCUGCCACUGGAGGUGACUCAUCUGCGGGGCUGCUGUCACCAAAUAGCUUAUCAGAAGUGAACGGACUGAUUUUUCCUGCUCCUCCUGAUGAUAAGAGGAUCCACGGCCAUCCCGCUCUUUGUCCGGCUCUUCCGCGUUGCGCUGGGUUGUUUUCAAACCGAUGUUUGAUCUGCUGCUGCCAGGCGUGUGGCUGUGCCAGCAGGAGACUGCGGAGCACCCACGACCUCAGGGAGCUGUGCCACCGCUGUGCCAGCUCAUCCCUGCCAGAGGGGUCCUGCCCGCUCCCACAGCCUGGCCAGGGAUCCACCUGUGGCUCUGCAGCCACGGGAGGUGGUUUUCCCUUUCUACGAGCAGGAGUUGAUUCCCGCCUGACCCCGUGGUUUGGGACUUUGAGAAGAGGAUCCAAUACAGCUUUGGACCAGUGGGCCAGGACUGGUGCUCAGCCUCGCUGCAGUGAGACAGCUGUGCCAUCAGGAGAGGAGGGGACAGGCAGAACGUGCCAGGCUCCAGCACACACAGGGCUCUGCAGCAGCGGCCUCCAGCCUGGGAUAACCGAGAGCAGCUCCUGUGGCAAAACACCGGGACAUGGACUCCCGGACAGGACAAGAGCCCAUCAAGGUGAUCGGGGUUGUCUUGGGCAUUGGGCUGGCCCUGCUGAUCCUGGCGAGUUUUGGCUACACCUUCAUCCGGUGGUACCGGAGGGGCUGCUCCUGGCGCCGGCCUGACUUCGUCUUCAACCUCUACCACUCGCGCGGGCUGGGGUCAGUGGCACUGGAGCUGGUGCCACCCUUCAGCAUCAGUGGCUCACUGGGCACCUCGGGCAGCGGCUACGAGCCCUUCCACAACCAGGGGCCGUGAGGUGGGAGCUGGGCUGGUGAGCAGGUGCGUGCCAGCAGAGCCCCCAGGAGGCCCAGCAGCAACAGGAUGAUGAAGGAGGAGCUGAGGAUGCCCGAGAGAAGCUCUGCGCUCCCUGCAAGAGAGGACAUGACCAGGUUUCCCCAGCAGCUGCUGUCUGCUGGCAAACACCCACCCCAGCACUGUGUUCCCAGUGACCAUGGCCCCUCGUGGUCACACCAGUGCGGACAAGCCAGGCUGGUGCCCCUCCUUGAGCCUUUGGGCUCCCAAGCAGCAAUGAAAGGCAAGCGAUGAGCAUGCCCUGCUCCGAAGCACUGAUCUGAGGGCUGAGCACCCAGCCAAGGUGUCCAGGCUGUGGCUCCAACCCCCUCUCUGUCUGCUCCCCCUUUCCAAGGAGCCCACCCGGAGCCGUGGGGCUCAGCCCCAGCCAGCAGGAAGACGAAAACCAGCACAAGAGACUCACCGCG